AAAUUAUAAAAAAAAAAGUAGAAAACAAAACCGAAAAACGCAUGCCUUUUUCUUUCUCUGUCUCCGUCCACAAAAGCCCACGAGCAUUUUCUUUUCUUUUUCCUUCGAUCUCAACAACAACAAUGGCGGUUAAUCCAUCGACUCACUGUACGCCUCCACUGGGUCGGUCUCUAGCUCCUCGGUCGCCACCUCUUGCCGCCUUCAAUCGGGCGUCAUCGCUACUCACUUCCUUAAACGAAGCUUCGUAUCCUAGAAUCGUCUCGGUUCGUUCCCAAAUGCCUAGUUCGGAUGGGUUUGGGCACAUGAAAUCCAUGGUGGAAUCUGAAGCUCUAAUUGGAUCAUCUGGUGCGUCUUCAUCAUCCGCGAUUGAUUUCCUCACAUUGUGCCAUCAAUUGAAGACAACAAAACGGAAGGGAUGGAUCAACCAUGGGAUAAAGGGUCCUGAAUCAAUUGCUGACCAUAUGUACCGCAUGGCAUUGAUGGCUCUCAUUGCGGGCGAUCUUCCUGGUGUGAACCGAGAAAGGUGUAUAAAGAUUGCAAUUGUGCAUGACAUUGCGGAAGCUAUUGUUGGAGACAUAACACCAUCUGAUGGUGUGCCUAAAAAAGAAAAAAGUAGACGCGAGCAAGCAGCUUUAAAUGAAAUGUGUGAACUUCUUGGUGGAGGAAUGAGGGCUGAAGAGAUCAAAGAACUAUGGGCAGAGUAUGAAAACAAUGCUUCCUUAGAGGCCAACCUUGUGAAAGAUUUUGACAAAGUUGAGAUGAUUUUGCAAGCAUUGGAAUAUGAAAUGGAACAUGGAAAGGUUUUGGAUGAGUUUUUCCAUUCAACGGCAGGAAAAUUUCAGACUGAAAUAGGAAAAAGUUGGGCAGCUGAAAUUAUUUCAAGAAGAAACUCUAGAUUGGCUGGCAAGCUACAUUGAUUGUAUGGUUUGGCCACAGUUUCCAUCUUUCUGUGUCGUAGGGCUAGUCUCUUUUGCUACUUAAGACUUCCUCACUUCAAACACCCUCACAUAUGGUUGCCAAGGUAGGCCCUUGAUUGCGGAAACUCUAGCUUGUAAGUGGAAGCAUCGAGUUGCUUAUCAUAAUAUAACCAAAGGUUCAGAUUUUUGAAAUCCUUUUGUAGCCACUAACAAGAUCUCCACAUAAUUGUACUAGGGCCUGGGUAGUGUCUCACACAGUAACUUUAGCAUUUGAAAGACAAAUCUAAUAAUGGAUGUUUUUGGAAUACACAAGCUGAUGCUUUUCCACCCUCUCAAUUUAGCAAUAAGCAAUUUUUUUUUCUUUUUUAA